CCCUUGGGCUUCCCGUCCCCCCUCGGGGACCCCGCCAUCCUCCUCCCUCUGGCUCCACUCCGCAGCCCGCCCUGCCACUGCACAAGGGCGCCCCCUAACUGCUGCAACCUCCUAUCGCCACCGCUGACCCUGCCACCCCCUCCCCAGGCCCGGCAGCCUCCCGCCUCCCGCUCCCUCCUCCUCUCUGGGCCCCCGGCUGCACGCGGGACCUUCUGGCCCCGGGUCCCGGCGGCUCGCCCAGUGUCCGCGCCACGAGCUUCCCCCAGCGCUGCGAGCAGCACCAUGGGGUGCCUGCCUAGGCUCUGCGGGCACCCGCGCCGCGCCACUGCCCCCAGCACAGCCCAAGACCGCUCCAGCGUCUUCUGCAACAUCAAGGUCUUUGUGCUGUGCCACGGGCUCCUGCAGCUCUGCCAGCUGCUGUACAGCGCCUACUUCAAGAGCAGCCUUACCACCAUCGAGAAGCGCUUUGGCCUCUCCAGUUCUGCUUCAGGUCUCAUCUCCAGCAUCAAUGAGAUCAGUAACGCAAUCCUAAUCAUCUUCGUCAGCUACUUUGGCAGCCGUGUGCACCGUCCCAAGUUCAUUGGCAUCGGAGGUCUCCUACUGGCCUUGGGCGCCUUCAUUCUCACCCUUCCACACUUCCUCUCAGAGCCCUACCAGUACUCAGUGGCCAGCACCGGGAAUGGCAGCUUCUACCAGGCUGAGCUCUGCCAGCUGCAUGGGCAGAACUCACCCCCCAGCGGGUGCUCCAGUGCUGCCCAGGAAGCCCAAAAUGAGGCCAGCAGCAUGUGGGGGCUGAUGGUGAUGGCCCAGCUGCUGGCUGGCAUCGGGACCGUGCCCAUCCAGCCCUUCGGGAUCUCCUACGUGGAUGACUUUUCUGAGCCCAACAAUUCCCCUCUCUACAUCUCCAUCCUUUUCGCCAUCUCCGUGUUCGGGCCUGCUUUCGGCUACCUGCUAAGCUCCGUCAUGCUACAGAUUUUUGUAGACUACGGCCGAGUGGACACAGCUACAGUGAACCUGAGCCCUGGAGACCCCCGGUGGAUUGGCGCCUGGUGGCUGGGCCUGCUCAUCUCUUCGGCCACCCUGGUUCUCACCUCUUUCCCCUUUUUCUUCUUCCCCCGGACGAUGUCCCGAGGUGUGGAGAAGUCUCUGGCCACCGAGAGUGAGGCAAGUAAGAUGGAAGACGCGAAGCCAAGGGGCUCCCUAGUGGAUUUCAUUAAACGAUUCCCCCGCAUCUUCCUGAAGCUCCUGACAAACUCCCUGUUCAUGCUGGUGGUCCUGACCCAGUGCACCUUCUCCUCCGUCAUUGCCGGCCUCUCCACAUUCUUAAACAAGUUCCUGGAGAAGCAGUAUGGCACCACCGCAGCCUACGCCAACUUCCUCAUCGGAGCCGUGAACCUCCCCGCUGCGGCCUUGGGCAUGCUGUUCGGGGGCAUCCUCAUGAAGCGUUUCGUCUUCUCCUUGCAAGCCAUCCCACGCGUGGCCGCCACCAUCAUAACCACUUCCAUCAUCCUCUGUGUCCCUCUCUUCUUCAUGGGCUGCUCCAACCCAACAGUGUCAGAAGUCUACCCCCCCAGUGUGUCAGACGCUAUGACCCCUCCGCCUGUCCUCUCCUGCCACAAGGACUGCGCCUGCUCUGAGACCAUCUUCCACCCAGUAUGUGGGGACGAUGGUGUGGAGUAUAUCUCCCCAUGCCAUGCCGGCUGCCUCGACAUCAAUAUCACCUCUGCCACCUCCAAACAACCGGUGUAUCUCAACUGCAGCUGUGUGAGAAGGACCAGCCAGGUGGCUUCUGCAAAGACAGGUCCUUGCCCCAUCCCCUGCGCCCACCUGCUGCACCCCACCAUCUUCCUCAUCUCCUUUGUCUCCCUCAUCGCCUGCAUGUCCCACAACCCCCUCUACAUGAUGGUCCUGCGGGUGGUGAACCAGGAAGAAAAGUCAUUUGCCAUUGGGGUACAGUUCUUGCUGAUGCGCUUGCUAGCCUGGCUACCAUCUCCAGCCCUCUACGGCCUGGUCAUCGACUCGGCCUGCAUCCGGUGGAGUCAGCAGUGCUCGGGAAGGCGCGGAGCCUGCGCUUACUAUAACAACGACAACCUCCGCAAAAGGUACCUGGGCUUGCAGAUAAGCUAUAAGUCAAUGGGCACCCUGCUGCUGUUCUUCAUCAUCUGGAGAGUGAAGAAAAACAAGGAGUACAACCUGCAGGAAAAGGCUGCCGCCCUCAUUUGACUUGGACCCAGGGCUACACCCUGCGCCUACCCACCUGUAGUUACUAAUCUCAACAAAGCAUUCCCGCCCCUCUUUUUUUUUUUAAUAAGAAAGAAAACAUGGUAACCAUUUGCCUUUCCUGCCUCCUCCCCCUGGACCCCCUCAGGGUUCUGAGGACAACCUUGCAUCCUUGCAGUACACUGGGUGGGCACAGAGCUAGGGGCCUGGUCUAUCUUAUCUGCCUCUCAGGGAGCACCUCCUCUCUCAGGCUAUCCUCAAGAUAAUGAACAGAGGAAAAAGUGUUAUUUGCUCAGAGGAGGAAGGGAGGAAGUGAGCUGACUUAAUAGUGGCCAGAGUCAGGCUAGGGGAGAGGAAGGAAGCCCCCCUUUAUUCUGACUUCAGGAUCUGGAGGGGCUGUCUGCUGCCCAUUCAGGUCCCCACUUCCUGCCCUAAGGAGGCUAUUUUGGGAAUCUCCCUGUGGCAGCCAUUUUGGAAGCUGCUGUGUAAAGAAGCAUCUAGUUGAUUCCCCACAGCUAAGGAGGGGCUGAACACCUCCCCCCAACACACACACACACACACACACACACACACACACACACACACACACACACAAGGAUGGGCUCCCCAGUGCUAUCCAAACUAACUCCAGACCUUUCUAUGUUGGGUCUGCAUAGGCCUGUCACAUUUCUAAGCAUCCCCUGCUAUGUCAAAAACCCCAGGAAGAUUGAAAUAUAGUCACAGUACUCAACCUCCACCCUCCUAAUGUGGGAGUAAGACCUCCCACCUUAACCACCCUCAGCUCAGAGUGAUAGAAAGCCCAUGUAUCCACAUUUACCUAGGAGGCUGAGGCAGCGCAACAUGGACCUCCCUGUCUGGACUAAAACCUAAUUACUGAGAAGUACAGAGAGGUAUUUGCAAAACAGGUGACAAGGCCUACGGCUGAUGGCCAGUUGCAGUCCAGAAAACAGGUCAGCAAGGUUGAUUCCCUGGUGCAAACUCAUUUGUACUCGCCAACAUUUUCCCCCCAGAACACUGCUUAGCUCUGGCUUAUGGUGGGGUGGAGAACCGAACUUGGGGCUUUGGAGCCUCAGGCAUGAGAGUCUCUUUGCAUAAUCAUUAUGCUAUCUACCCCCGAUCCAACAUUUUAUAUACAUUUUUCUCCCUGUAAUCACUCACUGGAGUUUCACAGCCCAGGGUAAACUUUUUUCCUUUUCUAAAUUAAUGAUUUAAUAUUGAUUUACAAAAUGAUAAGACAACAGGGGUAUAAUUCCCCACCACCAGAGCUCCCCAUCCCAAUUCUUUCCAUUGGAAACUGUAGUAGUUCUCCUGAGGUCACAGAUAUGAGUUGAUUACUUCUAUAAAUAUAUAUAUAUGGUCUGCCUUCUCUUCCUUUCUAAGUCACACUUACACUUCCUAAUACUUCCAAGUGUCCUUCCUUUUUUCCUCUUCUCCUUCAGGGUCCUGAUGGAAUUGGGGUUCAGAAUCCUCUGGUCAUCUUCCUCUAACACUUCUCCCCCUCUGGGAUUAUGGACCAAAAUUCUUUAUGGGGUGCAGAAGGUGGGAGUUCUGGCUUCUGUAAUUGCUUCUCUAGACAUAGGCAUUGGCAGGUCAAUCCAUGCCCCAAAUCCAGGCCAACUUUUUCCAAAUAGAACAACAGACAUAGAAACAGAGACAGACAGAGAAAGAGAGGCAGACACCAGAGCACUGAUGCUUCCUUCAGUACAGUGGGACCAGGCUGGGACCUGGGUGAUGUGCUUGGCAAAGUGGUGCCAUCCCAGGUGCACUUAGCUCACCAGCCCUCACCAACAUUUUCUCAGCCUCUUCUGUGGCCUCCUGAGACAUAGGCUUCCCUGAAGGCUUGAGCAGAUAGACUGCCCAUGGUAGAGGCCAAGUAUGAAGCCAACAAACAAGGCUGUUCACCCGCAGAGACCUAGUGGAAGCAGAUUCUGUGUGAGGUGGCACCAGGACGUGGUUAAUGAGCUUCAUUGACACUUCACCUCCUCCCAUCAUCCAGUCACACCAAGAUCCCCUCAGAGUGGGCUCAGGGUGAAGCGGAGUGAGGGGGAGGGUCAGAGAGGGAAAGACAGGAGCUCUGCAAGAACCCAGAGACUGUCAGCAGGCUCCUGACCUGACAUGCUCACAAGACCCAGCCUGCAUUUGUCCUUUUGCUGAACAGAGAACUGACUGACCAUGGCCGGUCGACAUGAGCAUCACUGCAUGUGGCUGUUUGCAGUGCCACUCUAGAAAGAACCUGCUAAAAGCCACCUUCAGAAAGGUCUCCCCAAGUUGUUCAUCAACAGCCAAAAGCUGGCAGGAGGCUGUGAGAGCCACUGUCCUUGACAGCCUGGCAUCCAAAGAUGUCACUCAGGAAGGAAGGCUCUGUGCAAGCCCAGGGCUCAGCCCCAGCCUUCCCAGCGCCCCACUCCGAGAAGGAUUCCCUGCCACUAACCCUGGUCUUCCUCGCCAUGGUUUAACUGAAUCCUAAAAGCAGUGCCUCGGGCAGAGCUUGGGGACUGGGGACACCGCUCAGUCAGCUGACAGCUCAGAUUCCAGAAAGCUGGCUCCCCCACCUCACCUCCAAGUUCUUAAGCUGUUGGGACAUGAUUGUGAAUAUAUUCUCAUUUUGCUAUUGCUGUGA